AUGGAUAGCCGAGUUUGUUCACCGCGAUGUAGGGCUGCUCCUCUCGGACGGUUCUCGAUUUUGCGUGCUCGCUUGCGAUGGCUGACACUCCUCGGCGUGUGUUGUGCUGCUGAUGUACCAAAUGCAUUGAGUUUGUUGAGGAUACUUGCAGUUUACCAAAGCUUUACAGGUCAAAGGGUGAAUCUUGCCAAGUCAAAUGUUUUCUUCAGUAGAAAUGCAAGUGAGCCUACUCUUAGAGCAGAGGUGAAUGAAUUGCCACUGCAAUGGGUGAAAGAGUUGUUAACAGAUGAUGGAAGAGCUUGGAACAGAGACAUUAUUCACAAUAUGUUUACUGAUGUAUCUUGUAAAGCCAUUCUAGACAUAAAAGGAUUGGAUCCUGCUGAAAAUGACAGGUGGCUUUGGAAAGCAGAUGCAAAAGGGGCU